CGCACUUUUUUACUUGUUUGCGUUUUCUCCUCGCUUUCGUUCGUAAAAGAAAUUUGUUGCUUGUUACAGUAACUUAAAAGUUCAAAAUAUUCAAUGCGAAAGAUUUCACUAUCACUAGGAAACAUCGAUUGAUAUCUUGUUUAUUUUCUGCAAUCUGCAACGAGCAUAUGACUAUGACAAGCCCAUGACUAAUGUAAUCUAACCUUAUAAUAUUGGAGCAUUGUAAACUGUUUUACCAAUUUUUUGUACGAUUCGGUACUGAAAACACUUUGUAAACAUGCCUAUGGUCGGAGGAACCGGAGAUAUUCGUGAGCCAGAUGAAACUGUUAAUCAGAUUAUUAGAGAAACCACUACUCAGAAGUCGCCAUGUCUUGGCGAUUAUUUUAGCGUAGAUCAUGAUACGAAAAUAUUCCUGCUGGUACAAGUGAAAGAUGAAGUUCAAACUAAGACCGGUCUUCAAUUCGAGGAAUUUACUCCCAUCAACUACAGAUCUCAGUUGGUUAAUGGAACCAAUUAUUUUAUCAAAGUAAGCACCUUUAUUGUUUAUACUUUUUUGGUAGUAAUCACAAGGUGGUAAGAUUAAGCUCAAUGAAUGCUUGAAAAAAUUCUGAUUUUUAUAUAAAUAUAACUCAGUGAAGUUGGGAUUUUGAAUCAGGGAUCAUGAAGGUUAAGGCUCCACAAUUUCGUGACCAUCUGCAUAAUUGCGACAAUGUGGUGUGUCAAACGCACACACCACCUUUACUUCCAAUAAAGCUGGUACCCAUUGAUCUGAAGCUGAGUGGGUACCCAUUGAUCU